AUGUCAGAUAGAUCUUUAUCGUCGGUGCGAUCUUUGUCGUCGGGUCGAUCUCUGACCAAAUCUCCAAAAAUAGCUCCCACGAAGAAUUCGGGUGCGUUUGUCAAUUCCAAAGAAACGCGCUAUGCCUGGGCCAUGGCCAAACCAAGAAGAUCAUCAUCAGUAUCCAAACAAAAAGGACGUCCCAGUAGAGAUCAUUCUCCCGUACGAAUUGUAGGAACGCAAAAGCGAGAUGCCUUUUUAACAUUGCAGGCCAAGAGAGACUCCUUGUUGCCUCCUACUACGCGACAUGAAUUUGCCCUAGCGGCGACUAGCUCUGAUGAUGAAGGUCCACCUCCUCCUCCGCCUCAAAUGGUCGACAAGACACCUUCCAACAAGACUGUACCUACAACUCGUACUACUACUACUACCACAAAAGCCGUACCAAAAGAAACCACGCCUCCAAAAGUCGUGGACAAUAAGACACCACCUCCCAAAAUUCGAAAACGUUUGGUGUUAAUGCGCCAUGCGACUUCCUACAUGAACGAGUACAUUGGUGCCAAUGGCAUUACGUUUGGAGGCCCCGAUUUUACCGAUAUUUUUAAUGACAAUGACCGCAAACGCUAUUAUCAAGAUUCGCCGUUGUCCCCCAAAGGCCGUCAACAAGCGGAAAUUCAAUCCAUGAUGCUCGAUACGCCCGAUUCGUUGCGGUUACUGCGGCAACUCGAAUUGGUCGUCGUCAGUCCUCUCACGCGCGCCAUUCAAACACUGGAAUUGGCAUUGCUGCCGCAUGUCCCGGGACAUGUUCCCACGGUCGCAUUGCCAUUGGCGGCCGAACGACUCUAUUUGGUGUCGGAUGUGGGAAAACCCGUUUCGGAAUUGGAGGAUCAAUACGGGCAUGUCAUUGAUUUUCAAACGGGAUUUGAUGAUACUGAUACUAGUACUACGAAUGAUCCGUGGUGGUAUACACCUUCUAAUAACAGUACCACUGCCAACAACAACAAGAGCAACAACAAUAAACAACAAUCACCAAAACAACAACUAAAACAAGUACAAUCACAAAUAAUGGAAGAAGAAGAAGAAUGGCGUCCGACGGGCCAAGGACAACGUUAUUAUUGUGCCGGCGAACCACUCGAUGCUUUUGAAGCGCGUAUGGAACAACUCGUCGAAUGGUUGGAGGCACGACCCGAAUCUACCAUUUGUCUAGUGGGACAUUACGGCGUCUUUGAAUGGCUCUUGCGACAACCACAAGAAGAACCACCGGAACCGAUUCAGUUUGGAAAUUGUGAAAUGCGUGUCGUGACACUCCGGGAUAUUCUCGAUGCGAGACGGCCACCUACGCCAGCAGCAGAGCAGCCAGAAGAAAAUGAACAACAACAACAACAAGAAGACGAAAUGUCGGCCGUGUCGGACGCCAGUUUUGAUACCGUCGAAACGGCCACGGAAACGACAUUCAUUCAUUCCACCACCACGUCUCUCAAUACUUUUUUGGGGACUCCGUAG